CGACUUUUGCUCAAGCUUGUGCCGUCUAAGACCUGAGUUGCAUGCACUUUCAGCGGGACAGGGGCGUUUAUUGAAGUGCGCUGAAAACUUUGGGAGGCUUUUCUUGGGAACAUGUCUUCCCCGCGUAGUCUGAAGGACAGCUGUUCCUAUGAGGACGAAAGUCGACCAGAAUUUACUGAAAAAGAUGGCAAAGUUCAGGUAUCUUGUCUACCUUUCAGUGUUGAAGCUUUGAUGGCUGACAGGAAGACCCGCACUGAUAUAGUGUCUAAAUCUGAAGGGAAUGUUAUGAGCACUUCUAGGACUCGCCAUUCAAGUUCAAUUUCUAGAGAGUCUUAUAGUCCAGAUGGAUUUCCAAAAGCUUUUGUACCGACGUCUCCCUUUAAAUCAGAAACAUCAGAAGACUGUGCCACCUGGGUUACAAAGUCAAGAUUCACCCCGCCACCAAGACAAUUAAGCCCUAAACCUUGCCCUUUAAGGAAACACAAAACCAACAGAAAACCAAGAACUCCUUUUACCACAUCACAACUGCUGGCUUUGGAGAGGAAGUUCCGUCAGAAACAGUACCUGUCUAUUGCGGAACGGGCCGAAUUCUCCAGCUCUCUAAAUCUAACAGAGACCCAGGUUAAAAUCUGGUUCCAAAACAGGAGGGCGAAGGCGAAGAGACUUCAAGAAGCCGAACUGGAAAAACUCAAAAUGGCAACCAAGCCAAUGCUCCAUCCUGGCUUUACAUUCCCUUUCCACAUCAACUCUCAUCUUCAAGCAGCUUCUUUGUACGGACAGUCCUACCCUUUUCAUAGGCCUGUUCUCCCUGUAUCCUCAGUUGGACUGUACACAUCUCCGGCUGGAUAUAGCAUGUAUCAUUUAUCAUAAACAGACAAGGACUUGAACAUUCUUCAUUUGUAUGUGUUUUGUCUUUUCUCCUAAAGGUACUUUCAUUUUUUAAAUAACGGUGUUCUCAGCAUGCUAUAAACGUGUAAAUCAUAUAUGUAACCUGUCAUAGAACACACAUAAAAUGCAGAACAUUGUAACACAGUACUGUAUAUGGAAAACGUGGUAGUUGCCAGUAAGGAAUUGGGGGAGAGUAAAAGACAAGAAUUUACAGCAGAUCCCCUUUGUCAUAAACUAGACUCAUAAAGGCCGGUGUUCAUAUGAAACAAAAUCAAUCACAUUUUAAAACAUCUUUUUUUGCCAUGCAUUCUUGUUAUUAACGGUUUCAAAUAUUAGCCCAGCAACAAUAAUACUUUUCAUUUCAUCACUGAUCUGUUGUUGAAUAAACAGGUUUGUUUUAUAUAGCACUUGAUAGAUUUUGCACAUUAAUACAGGUCUCUUGUUGAUGCAAGCUGGCUAAAUAAAUCUUUUCUAGUAUGUACAGUAGCUUAUGACUAAAUAAUCUAAAAGUGUACACAUAGUGUGUGUGUGUAUAUAUAUAUAUAUAUAUAUAUAUAUAUAUAUAUAAUAUAUAUACAUACACAGACACACUGAACUGCAAUACUAAUUUAGUAUCAACUGUCUGCAACCCUUAGGAUUUUAUAUCAUACCUGUAUACGGUAAUAUUGUUUUAGUAAUAUGAAUGGACCUUUUAUGUUCGGUAAACCCAAAGAAUUAUAUAUUUCCAAGUGUCAAUGAAAUCAUUUGGUUAUUUUGUUAAAUUAACAGCACAAAAUCUAAGGAAUUACGACAUCUGAUAUUCUGAAGCAUUUAGUCAUUUAGAUUACCUGAAGUUUUUAUGCCCAAAAUUAUGUCUUUUAUACUUUUUUUUUUCAAACUACUGGUGAGAAAAAUCUUUAAAUAUGCCAAACAUGUUCUUGAUUGUAUUCCUGUGAUGAGUCUUAUAAAUGCCAAGAAGUCGUAAAAUGCCAGAUUUGUUUUUAUUAGUGGUAACAUUUAUAGUAUGUAGUUUAUACCAUACUAUUUAGCAAAAUGACAGAUAGUUUGGAGCAAAGUGUUUUGUUGUGUAUGCCGUUUGCUCUUUUGAAAGGGGCAUCAUUGUACAGUUUUAUAAAUAAUAUUGCAGAUUUUUUUUCCCCUAUAUCUCUUAUUUGAUAUUAAAUUACUGUUUUAAACUAGAAUUUGAUGUGGUCAGACUUUAUUUGGAAAACCUUACAUUAAAACAAUGUGGCAAUGUUAAA